CAAAACUUACAUGGAUAAAAGAUUGAUGUUACAAUAAGGUGUGUGACAUGUAAAGAACUAAAACAAGCAUAAUUUUUUCCACAUGAUCGUCAUAUAUGAAGUCUUAUUUCUAAAACAAAGCUUGAAAAAUGGCUUCACCACCUCAAAAACUGAAGUUUGAGACAAACGGAUUUCGUUUAAGUAAACUUUUAAUCAAUAAAGGAACCCAAGCCUUAAAAACAACAUUGCAUAUCUAUAUAAAUCUUCAAUCAUCAAACUUAAAAGAUAAACUUAAUGAUCCCUAUACAAAGAGUAAUUUGACGUCACUAAAAUUCAAAGUCAUCAGCAAAGAGCAAUGGAACCUUCUUUACCCGUCAACUGGCUCACCUGACAUUGAAAACUUUGAUAUUUCAUUAUUGACUGUCUUGUUACGUAACAUUUGUGGCUUCACGGAACCAUCUGGUGGAUGGAAUAAUCUUCCUUCCUCUUCAGAUACUUCAAUCUCAGCAAAUAUAGCAAGAAUAAAGAUUUAUCGAAACAAAGUGUACGGUCACAUAACUACAUUUAGUGUAGAUGACAGUAAGUUUGAGUACUUGUGGCAGGAAAUUUCAAAAGCAUUGGUCGGUCUGGGUAUUCAACAAACUGAAAUAACUGAAUUAAAGAAAGCUCCACUCAGUCCUGAUGAGGCAAAUCAUAUUGAAAUGCUAAAAAAAUGGUAUGAAGAAGAGCGACAGUUAAUGAAGGUUGCUGAGAAAAUCAACGAAAAUGUAGAAGAAUUAAAAAAAAAUUUUGAAGAUAUGAAAAAUAAAUUUGAAGAAAUUAAAGAAAGCAUGGCAAAAAAGGAUGAUGUAACCAGAGUGAGAGAAAUGAAUCAAGACAAAAUAUGCUCAGAUCUUCAGAAGCUUGGAAAGUGUAAUUUUAAUGGUCUUAUAAAUGAUCUUAACAAGAAAUACCUUGAAGGCACUAGACAAUGGUUAUUUGAAAAACUCGACACUUGGUUUAACGAUAGAAGUGAAGAUGCUUCUAAUGUCAUGAUUUUGAUUGCCGGUCCAGGUGUUGGUAAAAGUGUGUUUGCUGCUGAGUUGUGUCGACGAUAUUCUGAUAAGAAGAAACUUGCAGCUUCUCAUUUCUGCAGAUAUAAUAUAUCAGAUUAUAGAAAUCCUCAAGUAUUGAUAGAAUCAUUGGCUAGUAGCAUGUGUGAUACAAUAUCAAAUUUUAAAAGCAAGCUGCAUGAAGAAUUACAGAGAAACAAUUCCAAAAAAUCGAUCACCGAUAAAUUCCUUGUUUUAUUAAAUAAUCCAUUGCAUUCAUUAAAAGAUCAUAAACCAAUGCUUUUGGUUGUUGAUGCCUUAGAUGAAAGCGAAGUUGAUGGCAAAAGUGAAUUGUUGGAAUUGAUUGCAGAAGAGUUUGACCGACUGCCUAAAUGGAUUAAAAUCUUCAUCACCAGUCGUCCAGAACUUUCUGUUCAAACGGAGUUGAAAGACAUGAAUCCUGUGGAAAUUACAACUCAUCCUCCUGAUGAAAACAAGGAAGAAGACCUGCACAAGUAUUUGAGACAGGAGUUGAGUCUUCUUUUCGAAAAAAAUAGUGAUGGUGCUUCCUUGUCAAUAGUUAAAAAAUUGAAGGGCCUAUUUUUGGGAGAUCAAUUGAAUGAUCGUGUGCAUAGAGAUCGCUACGUUCUAUCGUCAUUAGUUGAAAAAUGUGAGGGAUCAUUUCUUUAUGCGUAUUACGCACAACUGAGCUUGAAAGAAAAAAAUACUGAGCUUACUUACGAAAACAUUAGACAAUUGGUCCCUAGUGGGUUAAGCGGUGUUUACACAAAGCAAUUCAAAAGAGUAAAAGAAUUGUUAACGACGGAAAGUCCCAGAAAUUCUGUCAUCUCAGAAACUUCUUUCAUGCAAUUUCUUGAAUUGUUGGCUGCCUGUAAGGAGUUUUUACCAUUAACUUUCCUGUUUAGCUAUUUUGGUAUUUCUGGUGACAUCAAGUUAGAAGUCCGCAGUAAAAUCAUUGCACUGUUAUCUCAAAUUUUGCCAGUUUACGAUGAUUGUUUAACCGUGUAUCACAAAUCUCUAAUUGAUUGGUUGAAAUCAGAUGGUUACGAACAGCAUGAUUUUACAGUUAAUCCAAAAAAUGGUCAUAAGUUAUUAUGGCAUGCUUGUGAGAAAGAGUUUAAACAUAUCAAGUCGAUGAACAUUUUUGAAGAUCAGAUGAACACUACUAUGAUUAAAUACGCUUUAAAGAAUGGAGUCCACCAUAUGACAGAAUAUGGCGAAAAUGUCGACGUUAGCUGGGCAGUAGAUGUCAAAGUGGUUUGUGCAAGGUUAAUGGUUGUGGAAGACAUUGACAUGUAUACCAUUAGGUUUGAAUUGUUUGAAAUCAUUAAGAAACUACAAACUUUCUUGAAAAAAGAUGUACUUGAAGAACAACUAUUUCAUUUGUUUAUGACAAGGAGAUGUAACUCAUAUAGUUUUCAUGAUAGCUGUAGUUAUUUACAAAUUAUUGUAAACAGAAUUGAUGGCAGUAACAAAAAAAGAUUAUUGGCAAGGGAUUUAUUAAAACAAGGAAAGUUUGUUUGGUUUGAGGAUUUAGACUCAACAUAUUUAACAAACCAUCAUCAUUUGACUGUCUCCUUACGUUCUAACGUUACAUCUCUUUGUGUGUCGUCCAAUGAAGAACUUCUUGCUUUAGGAUAUGAAAAUGGUCAAAUAUCUAUUUUUGAGCUUCCUGAAUUCCAACAACGAUGCACUCUAGGCACUGCACUCGAUGAUUCAAGGUUGGAAAAGUGGGAUGAUGUAGACACAUUUUUAUCCCAGUAUGACAUCGUUGACUAUCCAACAUUAUUGAACUUUGGUUUUCUACGUGGAAACAUCUGUUAUUGCUCCUUUUCACCUACCGGAAGUAGACUGGUAACUAGUGAUGGAUCUACUGAAGUAAAGUUGUGGGAUGUUAACAAUGGACGUUUAUUAUUAUGUUUACAGUCAUAUGAUGUCGUUAAUCGUUGCUAUUUCUCAGAUUCUGGUUUGUUUAUUACAGCAGAAUAUGAUGGAUAUUUAUCUAAAGAUGUGUUCACUGCAUGGAAUUCAUUAACUUUGCAAAGAAUUGAUCGACGCUGCGUUGUUGAUUACCAAGAACUACAAUGCACCGAUAAAUAUUCAGAGUUCUUUGUUGACGUGUUUGGCGAGAAUUCGUAUGUUUUUCAAUUCCCAAAGGCAAUGGAUAUUGUUUCAAGUGAGAAGAAUUAUUCACUACCCUUACAUUUAAUGAUAACACACCAUUAUCGUGAUUGUAUUUUUUAUCAUACAAGCCAGAAUGGAAAGUUUUCUAAUAUCACUCAGUUGACAAAAUACAACGAUCAAGGAAAAAUCGAGUUUUGUUUACCAAGUGUUAAGUGUUCAUGUAUUUAUAGGAAUCGUAACAAAGUCCAUCCCAUCUCGUUUAAGGAAUUUUACGUUGUGGCGUAUUUUUCCAAGCUGAAUAUUUUCAAAACUGAUCAUCUUUUGAAACCUUCAUUUAUUUUUGAGGAAUUC